GACUGGCUGACCACCAACCAGACCCUGCUGCAGCAGAAAAACUCCUCUGGAGACAUGCCUGCUGAUAUAGACACUGAGAUUGCUUGGGCCAACGUGAGUCGUGUGUGUGUGUGUUUGAGAAGUGUAUUUGUAUCGUCACAGGGCUUGAUAGAAUAGUUUGUUUGUUAAAAGGUUUUCCUGGCUUGUGUGUGUGUGUGUCUGUGUGUGUGUGUGUGUGUGUGUGUGUGAGCAGAGAAUUUGUGUAACGUAUCUGUAACGUGUGUGUAACAUGUGUAUAAUGUAUGUUCAGGGCCUGCUGAAGGAGUCUGAGAGUCGUAAGGCAGACCUGGCUGUACUGAUGGAGACCAGUGCUGGGCUGCAGGGGCUGGUGGAGGGGAGCAAGGGCCCUCUGGAGGACAGGCUGUGUGGCCUCAACGAGGGCUGGGGACAGGUCCGCACCUGGACCGAGGACCGGCUCAGCACUGUACUGGUGGGUACACACUUUACUAUCACAGAGACAAUAUGAAUAGAGAGGUUAUCCUAUCUAAAGUCAUGGUUGAGUAAAGUAAUUUGUACAUUACAUGACAACAAAAAUGUAAUGUCAGAAGGGCUAUUUGGAAUUAUUCCUGCAUAUUCCUAAUAUCUUUUAAAAAAUGGUGCUCUUUGCAGGAUACAAUUUUCAUUUCAAUUCAGUUGUAUUGCUAUGGUCAAAGAAAUACUGUAUUGCUAUGGUCAAAGAAAUACAAUAAAGAAUGGUAUCAAAUUCUAUGUUAUCGUUUUCAUAUGCCAAUGACCUCUGUCCAUUACAGAGCCACCAGAACGAGGUGGAAAUCUUUGAUGAGAACCUGGCCCACAUCAGCACCUGGCUGUACCUGACCCAGAUCCACCUAGAUGAGAUGGAGAUACUGCCUACCGUGGAGAGAGAGAUGUUGGUCAAGGUGAGAGAAGGAGGGGAAGGGAGACAGUAGAAGAGAGAGAGAGGAUUGAAAGCAUGGGGAGUGAACAAUUCCCGAGUGGAACUGAAGGACCACAAUUCUCAGUAUGAAAUUAGUUCAAUAUUGGUUGAUUACAAUUACAUUUUAAUUAUACUCUAUUAGCAGAGUUUGAGAAUAUUAGCCUGUGUGGGAAAAUAAUAAUUUGAGUAAUAGCUAUUGAUGAACCUGUUAAUGUAUUAAUUGUUUGAUUGAUGUGUUGUGUGUAGACUCUGCUAGAGGAGCUGGAUGACAUCAGUCUGAGAGUGGACAGUGUGAGAGACCAGGCCAUCAUCAUGCUGACCAGUAGAGGUCCUGCCUGCAGAGAUGUAGUGGAACCCAAACUGGCCGAACUCAACCGCAACUUCCACAAGGUCUCCAAGCGCAUCAAAGCUGCCAAGGUACAAAUACUCUCACAACACUGUUUCAGUGUAUUACAAUUACAACUGUUCAGAGCUUCAUCAUUCAAUCUGUCAACACGCACAGUGGUGUAAUUCUGUCGCUUUUGUUUCUGACACCCAGAUGUCCACUACUCUGGAGCCAGGGACUGUGGAGAUGAUCCAGCAGAUCCAACAGAUCUCUCAGAUUCCUCACCAGAUCUCUCAGCUUCAACAGGACCAGAUCACUGAGCUCCAACAGAGUCAGUCAGAGGAGGCCCUGAGCUCCAGCCUGAUGUUGACCUUUGAGGGGAAAUUAGAGGCAACACUCAGAGCCCUGGAGGACCAUCAGGACCCCACACACACCCUGGAUGAUGACAAGGUCUAUAAAUAUAUAUAUAUAUAUAUAUACAUAUAUAUAUAUAUAUAUAUAUAUAUAUAUAUAUAUAUAUAUAUAUAUAUAUAUAUAUAUAUAUAUAUAUACACUGGACAGACACUUUCUCACGUGCAUGCACGCACAUACAGUGCAUUCAGAAAGUAUUCAGACCCCUUUUUCCACAUUUUGUUAUGUUUCAGCCUUAUUCUAAAAUGGAUUAAAACCGAAAACUGUUUUUUUUUACAUUUUAGGAUAUGUAUUAAAAAUAAAAAAAACUGAUUCCUUCAGUAUUCGGACCCUUUGCUAUGAGACUCGAAAUUGAGCUCAGGUGCAUCCUGUUUACACUUGAUUGGAGUCCACCUGUGGUAAAUUCAAUUGAUUGGACAUGAUUUGGAAAGGCACACAGCUGUCUAUAUAAGGUCCCACAAUUGACAGUGCAUGUCAGAGGAAAAAAACAAGCCAUGAGGUCAAAGGAAUUGUCUGUAGAGCUCCGAGACAGGAUUGCGUCAAGGCACAGAUCUGGGGAAGGGUACCAAAAAAUGUCUGCAGCAUUGAAGGUCCCCAAGAAAACAGUGGCAUCCAUCAUUCUUAAAUGGAAGAAGUUUGGAACCACCAAGACUCUUCCUAGAGCUAGCCGCCUGGCCAAACUGAGCAAUCGGGAGAGAAGGGCCUUGGUCAGGGAGGUGACCAAGAACCCAUUGGUCACUCUGAGAGAGCUCAAAAGUUCCUCUGUGGAGAUGGGAGAACCUUCCAGAAGGACAACCAUCUCUGCAGCACUCCACCAAUCAGGACUUUAUGGUAGAGUGGCCAGACGGAAGACUCUCCUCAGUAGAAAGGCACAUGGCAGCCUGCUUGGAGUUUGCCAAAAGGCACCUUAAGACUCUCAGACCAUGAAAAACAAGAUUCUCUGGCCUGAAUGCCAAGCGUCAUGUCUGGAGGAAACCUGGCACCAUCCCUACGGUGAAGAAUGGUGGUGGCAGCAUCAUGCUGUGGCGAUGGCGGCAGGGACGUGGAGCCUAGUCAGGACCGAGGGAAAGAUGAACGGAGCAAAGUACAGAGAGGUCCUUGAUGAAAACCUGCUCCAGAGCGCUCUGGAGCGCAGACUGGGGCGAAGGUUCACCUUCCAACAGGACAAUGACCCUAAGCACACAGCCAAGACAACAGAGGAGUGGCUUCGGGACAAGUCUCUGAAUGUCCUUGAGUGGCCCAGCCAGAGCCCGGACUUGAACCCAUUCUAACAUCUUUGGAGAGACCUGAAGAUAGCUCCCCAUCCAACCUGACAGAGCUUGAGAGGAUCUGCAGAGAAGAAUGGGAGAAACUCCCCAAAUACAGGUGUGCCAUGCUUGUGGCAACAUACCCAAGAAGAAUCGAGGCUGUAAUCGCUGCCAAAGGUGCUUCAACAAAGUACUGAGUAAAGGGUUUGAAUACUUAUGUAAAUGUGAUAUUUCAGUUCUUUAUUUUUAAUACAUUUUGAUUUUUCAUUAUGGGGUAUUGUUUGUAGAUUGUUGAGGAAAAAAUACAAUUUAAUCCAUUUUAGAAUAAGGCUGUAACGUAACAAAAUGUGGAAAAAGACAAGGGGUCUGAAUACUUUCUGAAUGCACUGUACAUACUGUACACACGCGCACACACACACACACACACACACACACACACACACACACACACACAGUGAGUAAGUAAGUUUGACUUGUUAAACAAAGAACACAAAGUGCUACAAUAUAAGCUGUAUACUAUGUCAUAGACAAACAGUGGUGUGAUUGGGCAGUCUGACCUCAGUGUGUUAUCAUAGUUUUAUUACAGUACACAGUGUAGAGCGGCUGAACAAAUCACACCAGCCAAGACCAAGGUCAACGUCAGUCAGGAAGCAGUGUUACUACUGCAAUACUUCUUCUGUUUCUUACUGCUUUCUGUCGAGCCUCGACUCUCUGGAAAAGGACUCAGUUUAGGCCUCUUCAAACAACUUUUGGUUUGGAUUCAGUUUCAUUUAUUUUUCUUUUUGAUUAUGGGCGUAAUGUUCAUUUUCUAACCCUGGAAAACCCUAGUUUGAUAGGAUUUGAUUGAUUCCGUGACAACAUUCACUUUGAACUCUGACCCUGUGUGUUGACUGGUCAGAUGGACAGGGAGAAGGCAGGCGUGGAGGAGCUGCUGAGGAGAGGAGAGGAGGUGCUGCUCCAGACUGUAGACGAGGGCCAGAGGGAGGAACUGAGUCUCAGACUGCUCCGGCUGCAGACGCAGUACACCACUCAGAGGGUGAAGGAGAAUGAUGCACUAUCACUACACUAGCUUAACAAACAUGUAACAUGUACAGUGCCUUCAUAAAGUAAUCAUAUGCCUUGACUUAUUCCACAUUUUGUUGUGUUACAGCCUGAAUUCAACAUGUAUUAAAUAAAUAAAAAAGCUCACCCAUUUACACAAAAUAUCCCAUAAUGACAAAGUGAAAUUUUAGACACUUUAAUAAAUGUAUUAAAAAUGAAAUACAAAAAUAUUUCAUUUUCAUUAGUAUUCACACCCCUGAGUCAAUACAUGUUAUAAUCACCUUUGGCAUCGAUUAAAGCUGUGAGUCUUUCUGGGUAAGUCUCUAAGAGCUUUGCACACCUGGAUUGUACAAUAUUUACACAUUAUUCAACAACAACAACAAACAUGUCACGUUGGUUGUUGAUCAUUGCUAGACAGCCAUUUUCAAGUCUUGCCAUCGAUUUUCAAGCAAAUUUAAGUCAAAACUUUAAAUAGGCCACUCAGGAUCAAUGUCGUCUUGGUAAGCAACUCCAGUGUAUAGUUGGCCUUGUGUUUUAGGUUAUCGUCCUGCAGAAAGGUGAAUUUGUCCCCCAGUGUCUGUUGGAAAGCAGAGUGAACCAGGUUUUCCUCUAGGAUUUUGCCUGUGCUUAGCUCUAUUCCGUUGAUUUUUAUCCUAAAACACUCCCUAGUCCUUGCCGAUGACAAACAUACCCAUAACAUGAUGCAGCCACCACCAUGCUUGAAAAUAUAAAGUGGUACUCCGUGAUGUGUUGUGUUGGAUUUGCCCCAAACAUAACGCUUCGUAUUCAGGACAUAAAGUUAAUUUUACUUUAGUGCCUUAUUGCAAACAGGAUGCAUGUUUUGGAAUAUUUGUAUUAUGUUCAGGCUUCCUUCUUUUCACUCUGUCAUUUAGGUUAGUAUUGUGGAGUAACUACAAUGUUGUUGGUCAAUCCUCAGUUUUCUCCAAUCACAGCAUUAAACUCUGUACCUGUCACCAUCAUGGUGAAAUCCCUGAGUGAUUUCCUUCCUCUCCGGCAACUGAGUUAGGAAGCACGCCUGUAUCUUUGUAGUGACUGGGUCUAUUGAUACUCCAUCCAAAGUGUAGUUAAUAACUUCACCAUGUAUAGAAUAACUAUCUUCAAAGUAAUGACUCGGGACGUCGGUUGUGAGAUGAAAGGUUAUUUUUAGUAAUAAUACUUGUUUGACGUUACAUUUUACCACUUUAAAUUCUACAAAACAAUAAAAGAACGUUGCUAGCGAAAGCCAGGCUAAUCACUUGUCACUUGUACAUAACUAGUGCGUUCUAAUUUUUUCAUACUUCCUGUCGCAAGGCAUUCUGGUACUUGAAGUCAAUAGGGGCUCUUUGAUUGCCUUCCACAGCUCUUUCAAGUCCUGAUUAGCUCUCUUGAAUGUUUUUGCAAUGUCCGAAUAGAUUACCUUGAAUAAUCCUCUCCUUGAGAUGAAUCUUUUCAGAGGUAACAGGAAUGUCUGUUGAUUGAUCUGAGACCAAUUCCAAAUGCACUGCUCUGGUUACAGCACAAGUGAACAGCGCGUGCUAGGCAGCUAGUCAAGAGCAUGGUUCUUCACAGAACCAUUUUCUUUCACGUAGAGCGGCCCUGCAAAAUCCACACCUGUGACUUUGAAUGGUGGGGAUUCAGUUAUUCUGUCAUUGAUAAAGGCGCAGUGACCUGCUGUCCAGCCCUUGCCUUGAAUCUCUUGCAGACUAUACAUCUUGCCACUGUGGUCUUGACUAGCUACCUAGCACGCAAUAUCCAGUAUUGCUCUCUGAUUUGUACUAGAGUGUCUCUUACUCCAGAAUGCAUCAUCUUCUCAUGAUGGUACUGUAUCAACAUUUCUGAAUAUCUGUGCUUGUUGGGCAGACCCCAUGGGUGCUGCUCUCUGAAUGUGAAGUUGGACUGUUGCAGUCUUCCUCCUACACUGAGUAGUUUGUGUUCGUCCAGGAACGGUUUCAGUUCUCUAAUUUUACAGUCAUUGUUUAGGCUUUUUCCUGCCUUCAGUAGUUUGAUCUCCUGACUGAAACUCUGUUGUUGUGUUACCUUGAUCCAGUACUUUUCUGCCUCGAACAGUUCGUCAGCAGUCAGUUCACCUUGCAUCUUUAUGUUUGUACAAGCAUUGGCUAUGAAUCUCUUCAUCGAGGCGGUCAUUCUGAACAAUUUUUUAAGUUUGCUGUACCUUUUCAAGCUUCAACUCGGGUUCAGCGAUGUCUGUGCUGUUUGCUGUGAGCUGUACAGUGACCUGGAACCUUGUUGUCAUCAGUCUCCUCCGACUGAUUGGGUGAUGUCAUAAUGCUGGGUCCGUUCCACCAUAGCUGGCUCUGUGUCAAGUUUCAAACAGUUUGUCCUCUUGUAGGGAGGUCGGCUGGAUUAGUUUUCCCUUCAAAAUGUGACCAUGACUCUGGAUUGGUGAAGGACUGGAUCUCUGUCACUCUGUUUGCGACAAACUGUUUCCAUUUCUGAGCUGAGCUGCAAAUUCAAUGCAGCACGAUCAUCGACUCUGUCCACAUUUUGAUCUGUUUUUGUUCCAUUUUCAGUGUGGUCAUCAGGUUGUUUGCUAGUCUCCAAUCACAGCUCCCAUGACCUCUCAUGACCUAAUUUUCUUGAGGAGGGCUACAAUGGACUUGGAUGCGACUAGGCUUGUCGUUGUUUCCCCGUCUUGUGAUUCACCUUGCAGGUAAGCUAAUGCACUGUAAGCCCUUUCACUUGCAUCACAGAACACGGGUAGUUUCAGUGUGUGGCUGUUCUGUGGCUGCAUGUCUGUUCUGUACCACCUUGGUAUGGUGAGCUGGUGAAGCUGGGGUAGUUCUGAACACCGCUGUUGCCAUUCUCGUGUCAGAUCAGGUGGUAACUCUUCGUCCCAGCUGAGUGCCCUCUCCCACAUUUCCUGGAACAUGCACUUGAUCCUGUCACCCAAGUCAUAGAUUGUUCUUUCUGCUACCGCACGGCAAGCGGUACCGGAGUGCCAAGUCUAGGACCAAAAGGCUCCUUAACAGAUUCUACCCCCAAGCCAUAAGACUGCUGAACAAUUAAUCAAAUGGCCACCCGGACUAUUUACAUUGACACCCCCCCCCCCCCCUCCCUUUGUUUUUACACUGCUGCUACUCGCUGUUUAUUAUCUAUGCAUAGUCACUUUACCCCUACCCACAUGUACAAAUUACCUUGACUAACCUGUACCCCCACACAUUGACUUGGUUCCAGUACCUCCUGUAUAUAGCCUCCUUAUUUUUAUUUUACUGUGUUACUUUUUAUAUUUUAUGUUAAAAAAUUUUUUACUUUUGUUUAUAUAGUAAAUAUUUUCAUAACUCUUUCUUGAGCUGCAUUGUUGGUUAAGGGCUUGUAAGUAAGCAUUUCACUGUAAGGUCUACACCUGUUGUAUUCGGCGCAUGUGACAAAUACAAUUUGAUUUGAUUUGGUGAAGGGGGUCAGGAAGCCAACAGGGUCGAAGAUGCAUGCAGAUGACUGCAGAACACUUCUCUUUGUGUAUUCCUUUUGCUUUAGAAUGCUCAGUAGCGGCCUGAGGUCAAACACAAAGUAAUCUGUUCCCGGUCUUUACACUAAACCUAAAACUUUCAGCACUACUCCUUGUGUUUCUAGCGCCAACGGGUGGUCAUUUGUUGUACUCUCCUCCCAUUUCGUUUUCAGUUCAGGAGAAUUGGUCCUCCACUUGCAGAGGUCCAUGCCUGUAGUCAACAGCAUUCGGUUUGCAGUUGUUGUCACAAAGUAAGCCUCUUCAACAUUGCGUGAACUUGCAAUGAAGUCAUCUACAUAGAGUGACUCUCUCAAUGUCUCUACAACUUCUGGUUGUUCUGUUUCAUAUUGUUUCAGGUGCUUUCUGUAGCUGCGAGCAAGAAUAUACUUGGGGAAGCUCCAAAUACCACUCUGUUCAUCCUCAGCAUGCGCAGCUCCUCUUCAUUUUCUCCCCUUGGUGGGCCUGUGAGCCACAGGAAUCUCACGGCGUCUUUGUCUCUCUCUGCAAUGGAUAUCUGAAGGAAAGCCUUCUUGAUGUCUGCCAUGAAUGCAAUCUCAUGUACAGUCGUGGUCAAAGGUUUUGAGAACGACACAAGUAUUGGUCUUCACAAAGUUCGCUGCUUCAGUGUUAUGAGAUAUUUUGUCAGAUGUUACUAUGGUAUACUGAAGUAUAAUUACAAGCAUUCCAUAAGUGUCAAAGGCUUUUAUUGACAAUUACAUAAGGUUUAUGCAAAGAGUCAAUAUUUGCAUUGUUGACCCUUCUUUUUCAAGACCUUUGCAAUCCGCCCUGGCAUGCUGUCAAUUAACUUCUGGGCCACAUCCUGACUGAUGGUAGCCCAUUCCUGCAUAAUCAAUGCUUGGAGUUUGUCAGAAUUUGUGGGUUUUUGUUUGUCCACCCGCCUCUUGAGGAUCGACCACAAGUUCUCAAUGGGAUUAAGGUCUGGGGAGUUUCCUGGCCAUGGACCCAUGGACUUAGUUAUCACUUUUGCCUUAUGACAAGGUGCUCCAUCAUGCUGGAAAAGGCAUUGGUCAUCUCCUGAAGUUAUUUAGGCUUUACAUAACAAAGGGAUUGAAUACUUAUUGACUCAAGACAUUUCAGCUUUUCAUUUUCUAUUAAUUUGCUAAACUUCCUAAAAUAUAAUUCCACUUUGACAUUAUGAUGUAAUGUGUGGUAGCCCAGUGACACAAAAUCUAAAUUUAAUCAAUUAUAAAUGUAGGCUGUAACAACAAAAUGUGGAAAAGGUCUAGGGGUGUGAAUACUUUCUGAAGGCGCUGUAUAUCCUAACACAAUAAAAAUACAAUUAUCGCAUUAAUAAGAGUACAUCGUACAGAUUGAGAGAGGAAGAGUAACGUUAACAAGCUUUUUAAUAUGAAUCCAUUGAUGUGCAUUGCAGCAUUUCAGAUGCAAAUGUAUUCCUGUCUCGUAGCACAGUAGAGCACUGUUUAAGAUCUGGAGGACUGUUGGCCUUGGCCAUAUUAUCCUGGUUCACUGUUUGUGUCUAAAUCCCUCUCUCGUCUCUACGGGAGAUGAGGGUGCUGAGAGUGAGACAGGUGGAAGUCUCCAUGGACUCUUCUUCUUUACACAGCUUCACAGAGACACACAGACAGGACCUGACUGGAGAAGUCAGAGACAUUCUAUCAUUAUCAUUACAUGCAGGCUUACAUUGUUUACUAGCAAGCUAGCUUGGUAACCUAAGCCUAAAACUGUUGAGCUAGCUAGCUUGGUAACUAAGGCUAAACUGUAACAGCUGUUAAUUGUUUUAUUCACUAUCAGACUUUCUUUUAAUUACCUUGUUUUGUUGUGUGACAUAUGAUAGUUAUGUUAAAGGGGAAGUUCACCCGUUGUGACAUGUGGCCUUAUUUUUACUCUUUCUGUGCCUCAAACUGUUAUUUUUUGUAUAUUUUAUUUAAUUACAGAGAAAAUAGGUUGUCACAUUUUGCUGAGUCAUCACUUGCCAUUGACUAUAAUGCAAUAUGCAAAUACGUGUAUGCCUAAAGCAUAGAAAACCCUCUAAAACACUCCACACCAACUCAUAUUACAUCAGAAUCCUAUUCUGAAUGAUGUCUCUGCACUCAAUUUUGUAUUUUUUUUCACUGUGCCAUAAAUCCAUGUUUGAAUGAUACUGUUUACAACAGAACAUGCAAAUAUGGAUUCAUGGGACAGUGCAGAAACAUCAUUCAGAAUGGGAUUCUGAUGUAAUAUGAGUUGGUUUGGAGUGUUUUCUAACAUGCUUUGGACACAUUUUCAUAAUGCAUUGUAGUCGAUGGCAAGUGAUGACUCAGCAAACAGUUUCUACCAAUUUGCUCUGUAAUUAACCAAAAUAAAAAUAAAAACUGUUUUGGGGAUCAACUAUAAUCCCAGAAAGAGUGAAAAUAAGUCUACAUAGAAAUGUGUGAACUUCCCCUUUUCUAUGUGAUAUCAAAAAUGUUGACAUUUGAUGCUUCCCAGUUCCUACACAGAUUCAUUUUUUUUAUUUUAUUUUUAUUUAACCUUUAUUUAACCAGGUAAGCCAGUUGAGAACCUGGCCAAGAUAAAGCAAAGCAUUGCGAUAAAAACAACAACACAGAGUUACAAAUGGGGUAAAACAAAACAUAAAGUCAAAAAUACAACAGAAAAAAAAAUAUAUAUAUAUAUAUAUAUAUAUAUAUAUAUAUAUACAGUGUGUGCAAAUGUAGCAAGUUAUGGAGGUAAGGCAAUAAAUAGGCAAUAGUGCAAAAUAAUUACAAUUAAUAUUAACACUGGAAUGAUAGAUGUGCAAGAGAUGAUGUGCAAAUAGAGAUACUGGGGUGCAAAUGAGCAAAAUAAAUAACAAUAUGGGGUUGAGGUAGUUGGGUGGGCUAAUUUCAGAUGGGCUGUGUACAACAUAUGGUUGUGUUACCUACCUAAGAGUGUCUGCUAAAUGUAACGGUAAAAUGUUAAAGAUUCACACACACACAUACACAUGCAUUCAUUGUUUCUAACAUAAUACCGUCUCUUGCCAGCAGAUGGAGUCAGAGGAGAGUGCGCCCUCUCUCACUACCUUCUGGAUAUCAACAAAGUUCUGCUGGCCAUGGCCGACAACGAACUGCUGCUCAACACUUCCGAGCUCAGCAGUAGUCUCUACGAAGACUUCUCCAGCCAGGAGGACACACUGAGGGUGAGAGAGGGGGAAGGGAAUAACUGUAUUGUCCUCUAGGUCUGAAUGGAGACCUCUCACUCUUUUACUUACUUCCCUCCUUCCCCUCUCUCCACUCCUCCCUCUCUCUCCUCUCCUCUCUCUCCUCUCCUCCCUCUCUCUCCUCCCUCCCUCCCUCUCUCCCCGAGUAUAAAGGUGAGUCUGGAGCAUGUCGGGGAGCAAGUGACGUUGAUCCAUGAGCGCCAGCCUGAUGCCAUCCUGGAGGCAUCGCAAAGCGAGGUGGCACAGAUCGGAGACACCCUCAUCCAGCUCAACGCAGAGUGGGACCGCCUCAACCGCAUGUACAACCACCGCAAUGGGUGGGUGACGGACGGUCAACAUUAAGUUACUUAGUACCUGCCAAGAUCUUAAUACACAAUGACCAUGAAAGAGCGUAAGGAAGAAUGAAAUGGGAGAGAUAUGCCAGUGUAUGCACUGUAUACCAAGGCCUCAGCACACACACAUGCACACACACAGACUGAUCACCACAGGCCAAGUUGACUGGGAGCACAAAAACACACACACACACAGACACACACACAGACACACACACAAACAGACAGACUGAUCAACACAGGCCAAGUUGACUGGGAACACACACACACAGAUGCACACCACAUAUAGUACACACUGUACUCUACGUCAGACAUUGAGUGAUAUAGUCCAACUUAGUUUUGAAUGAAGAACAAAAACUGCAAUCAACCAAGACAACUUGACCAUCUAAUCAAUCAAUAUAUACCAUUAAGAAUGUUCAAUUGGGAGUAGCUAAUUCAUGCUCAAAACUCAUAAAAGAUCCUGACCUGUUCUUAUUUAAGAGAUAUGGUGGUAGUUGUCUUUAUGUGGCAGUGUAUUGUGAGGUUCAUUGGAAUUUUCUACAGUGUUAUCAGUCAUUCCCUGGCACCCAACACAUUCACUACUGCUUAAUGGAGGUCAGGAAUGGGGUGACAUUCUUACUUUUCCUUUAUCCUUAUCAGAAAAAUAAGGAUUUUUCGAGUGGAGGAACUUGGGUAUAUCUUGGGAAAAUCUCAUUCUGAUUCCGGCCCGAUUCCAAAAUCCACCCAACACCCUCAGAAGGAAGAAUUAAUUAGUAAAAAAAAAAAAAAAACUGUAAUCAAAGAGUGAUCGGGUGUUAUCUGUUGAUCUGAAUACUUUCUCAGAAUUGAAAGCAGACUGUAAGGACUAUAUGAAAAUGAAUUCAAUUGGGUUUACAUUUUGGAUUUGAAUUGCAAAAUUAGGCUGCUUUAAUCAAAAGUUACUUCAAAGCAUUACUUAAUAAACUUACACUCAAUAUUUAUAUAUUUGAAUGAGCUGACUUGGUAUGGGUGUUCAGAGAACGAUGUUGAUCUCUCAUGCACUCAUCUUGUAAAACAUCAAACGACCGCAGUUCAUAACAUGGAUUUAAACAGUUAUUGUGCUAAAAGGGUGUCAGCAAAAAAAGUCUGAGGGUCUGUACUUCAUAAACAUUUUGGUUGAGAUACUCAUUCAAUCCAUUAUGAGGGCAUUACAACUCAAUGGAACCUUCGUAGUAUUCACAAUAGACACCAUACUAACGAAGGCUACAGCUAUAUCAGGCAGCUAUAUCAGGGCUUGGUCAGAGUUAACUGAUUCCAGAUCUGCUAGUUUCCACCCUAAUGGUUAAGGUUUGGUCUUGGUAAACUUAACUAAUACGAGAUCUGCUGUCCCCUGUCUGUAGGAGUUUUGACCGUGCGGUAGAGGAGUGGAGACAGUUCCACUGUGACCUAAACGACCUAAGUCAGUGGAUGACCGACCCGGAAGAGGUCCUCACUAAGGGAAAAGGACCUGAUGGACAACUGCACCUGGACACAGCCAGGACACACCAGGAGGUCAGCGAGUGUGUGUUUGUGUGUGUGAGAGAGAGAGAGAGAGAGAGAGAGAGAGAGAGAGAGAGAGAGAGAGAGAGAGAGAGAGAGAGAGAGAGAGAGAGAGAGAGAGAGAGAGAGAGAGAGAGAGAGAGAGAGAGAGAGACGAGUGUGUAUGCUACUAACUCACCCACUUUAAUGAUGACCCUGACAUUAUGCAGAGAUAGUAUGCAAAAUGUUGGAUCAACUGCAUCAGCACAACAUGUUUUAUUUAUGAUAAGUAUUUCCAUCAUCUGAAUACGAUCAGACAAAUCAGACCAAUAUGUUUACAUUAGCGACUGAUGCGGAUGGGGGGUUUUGGUGUGAGAAAUGUAUGUUUUUGAACGUGAACAAUAUGCCUUCUCUCCUUAAUUAUCCAGCACUUUUCAUGCUCUAUCGUUCAUUAUAUUCCUGCAGAGAGAAGGAGAGAGAAAGAGAGAGAGAGAGUCUUCUAAUUGGUAUCGUUUGGAAUACUAAAGAGUACCAGGCUUUCCCCUGAGGGGAAGAACUGUUUGAAAGCCAGGCAUUGACACCCACAUAAUUAAAUAGAACAAUAUUAUUAGUAUUAUAUAGUAUAUUUAUGUUUACACCACUCACAUCAUCAUCACCAUCAUAAUUAUCAGUAGGAUGUGGAGCAGCUAGCACUAGUUACUAGUUACUGUAGAGUGCAAUCUAUCCAAUACCUAUCCAUUAUUCAUAGCAGCUAAUUUCCAAUUGACUCAUUCUGUUCAUUAAUACAGCUUUGAUUUCUAGUUUUAUAUUGAUCUGUAAGCCCCUCUCUCUCUUCCAGACUGGAAGGCUCUGGACAGCAGGUUGAAGGAAUCUCAACAACUACCUAUGUUGUCUCCAUUGCAACGUCCUGUGUCUUCUCCAUGGACGCACCAUGUCGCCCAGCAACAACAACUCUCAGGUACCUUAACCAAAAUGAUUCAUUACUAGUUACUACUGUAUAACCAUCCUAUUUUCGAAUGAUCCUUUCCUAUCUGUUUUUAACAACAGUAUUGUAAUCUGGCAAUGCCCCCAAAACAGAAUACAAAUAAAUAUUGAAUUGAAUUGGCCUCUCUCCACUUCCCUCCUCCCCCCUCUCCAUCCACAGUUUCGGUGGUCCCAUCGGCAGUACAGAUGGCCAGUCUGAUGAGUGAGGACCCCCAUUACCAGACCCCCAACAGCCCAGAGCUGGUGGUCCCCACAGACCUGAACAACAUGGCCAUGGAGCUGGCUGAAUGGCUGCUGCUCAUCACCCAGAUGCUUAAGUCCAACAUCGUCACUGUAGGAGACACAGAUGAGAUACGCACCAGCAUGGGACGCUUGCAUGUACGUGCAUGUGGGAAUGAAUGGGGACUGGUGGAGUGUACCGGGUGAUGGCUUUAGUCAGCCAUCAUUUUUGUGGGUACCUGUGGCAUGUAACUUAUCGUUGAGUCUCUGUGUGUGAAGGUAUACUAGAAUAUACUGUACCUGUGAAACGUGUUAGUAAUAGUAAAUGCACCCAUGUUUGUGGUUUCUGUAAUAUGUUCAUGUAAAAAGGGCUUUUAUAAAUCCAAUUGACUGACGGAUUGGUUGGUUAUUCUGCUCAGGUGACGAAGAGUGACCUGGUGCUGCGUCACCCCCAGCUGGGGGAUAUCUUCACUCUGGCCCAGAACAUCAAGAACAAGACCUCCAACUUGGACAUACGCACCUCCAUCACUGAGAAAUGUAUGUAUGCUCACAGAGCCAGUAAAGCAUGAACAUAAUAUACUGUAUCAUACCUAGAGAGAAAAGCAUGAAUAUACUCUGAGAAAUGCAUUUGGAUACACAAAAUCACAUCUAUAGCUUCAGUUUUCUGUAGAAAGAUUAUUGUCCAAGUGCAGUUUAGCCUUACCCCAACACGCCUGCACCUCACCCACCCAACCCUGGAUUCAAACUGACCAUCCACACCUACUUUUUUUCUUUCUCUCUCUGCAGUGGAGAAAGUGCAUAGCCAAUGGGACAACACGCAGCAAGGCGUGGAGGCGCGGCUCCAGCAGCUGGAUAACAUGAUUGGCCACAGCGAUCAGUGGGAGGAGCAGAGACAGGAGCUGAAGGCUCUGAUUUGUCAGAAUGAGGGGCGCCUGCACAACCUUCUGCAGCUCUCCAGGGAACCCCUGACCAAACAGCUCAUUGACAACAAGGUACAGUGACCCUUCCCCUUUGACCUUUGGACUACUGACACUGCCCCAUUAGCCAGAUGGGUGGAUUAGCCCCAAAUCAAUGAUAAAGGGUAAUAUAUUUGUAAUUAUGUUCAUGGUUAAGGUUAGGAUUGGGAACUGACUCGAGGCAGCGUAUGGCAAGUAUGUUUUUAAGUGUUUGCAUCUAACACACAUGUGUACCAUUCAUCAUGCGUUUUAGUAUCACAGUGUGUCGUGCUGAUUAUGACAAGGACUAUAUGCAGAUGAGAGGGCUCACUGUUGGUUAGUCACAACUAUUACUGAUAGUGUUGAUGAAUGCUGAUCAAUCAUGCCUUGCAGGUAAAUAAUGGUAAGCAUAUGAGCGGUCUCCUAUUGGGAUUGUCGUGUACUUUAUUUUCAUAUGUGGCCCAAUGCAAUGCCAAUGUCAAACACUAGAGGGCAUCUGUGUCUAAUUCACUGUGGUACUGUACUGUAGUUCCAAUGCCCUAGAACAGGUACUGAUACCUGUUCUGAUUUAAUUAAAUAGGUUAUCAUACCUUAAGUAAAUAAAAAAGUGAGAUCCUGAGGGAACCACAAUAAUUGCAGUGAGAUUAAAGGGAUGUGAGAAGGAUAUGAAAGAAGGGAAAUAUUUACAAAGCCAUAUGGUGCAACUGUUUAGUCUGUGAGGAGUAAGUUGUUGUCAUUAUUUGAUGUUUGUUUUUUCGCCAGGUGUUCUUGCAGGACCUGGGAAGAGGUCAGGGUACCGUGACAACCUUUAAUGAGCUGUCCAAUCAGCUCCUGCGAGAGUAUUCUGGAGACGAGACAAGGAGGAUCAAAGAUGUCACAGAGAAACACAACAUAGCCUGGAACGGCAUCAACAAUAGGUGGACACACAUACACAGACACACACGCACGUAUACACACACACACUUGUCAAGUCUCACCUUUAUAAUGUCCUGAACUACUUUAAUUCUUGACUCGGCUAGCUAAUUCAUCAAUGGACCUCCAACCAAACCAAUGCUUGAUCAUUUGUCAUUACAUCUAUCAACUAGUCAGUGUAUUGAUUGUCAUAUUGAUGUUGAUUGAUUGACAGGGCUAAUGACCACCAGGCCCAGCUGGACAGUGGCCUGAAGGUUCUGCAGAUGUCCCUCAGCGAUCUGGAGGCCUUCCUUUAGUGGCUGCAGGAGGCCGAGACUAUCGUCAACAUCCUGGUUGACGCCUCCCAGAGGGAGGAGCUAUCACAGGACUCCGCCCACGUCAAGAAGUUGAGGGGGCAACUGGAG